GCUGUCAGCUGGAGCAGGGUGGGUGUUUUGGGCCAGGGGCAGAGGGGAGGGGGCUUGGCAAGAGGCAGGUCCUGGGGCAGGUUGUUGAUAUCCCAGAGAGCUGCCAGAGGGAUGCUGGGUCCCCAGGGAUGCACGGGGACAAUGCUGCAUCCACAUUUACCCUGGGUCAGGAUCUCCAUCCCUCCUGGUGCCAGCAGAGCAGUGGGGAGCAGGAGCUUAGCAGGUGACUUCCAGCUCCUAGCAAGGCUCCUUAGAACACUCCCCAGCUGUGAGUGCUGCCACAGAGUUCAGAGAAGCUGCAUCAGUGUGUAAAUCCUGUCUCCUGAAUUUAGGAGACAUUCCCCAGCUGCCAGCAGCACCAGCAGCAUGGUUAUUGCUGCAUGAUGUGAUCUUGUUCAGGAGAUUCACAACUUAACUGAGCUUUUAAAAAACUUUCCAGGGAAAUCCCGCCCUCUGAACAAUGAAGAUCUUAGACCCUGGCUAACUCUGAGUCCUGCAAACCCCUUGUGGAUCCUUCCUGGCUCCUCUGGAGCAGAUGCUGAGGCUCUCUAGAGGGCCCUGCCGUCACUCACAGCACCUGUGUGAGAGCAGAGGAAGCUCCCAGCCAUCGUGUGCCCGAGCGCCGAGCCAUGCUGGGCCGGAGGAGCCGCCUGCCCCCCGAGCUGAGCAGCGGCCGGCAGCGGGAGCAGCCCUGCCCCGAGGCUGUGCCCCUGCGGGCCCGGGCAGCCAGGGACAGCAGGGACAGCAGGGACACGGAUGUCAGCCUGGAGGUGUUCAGUGGCUCCACGCCCGAGAUCAAAGCCAGCCGCAGCCGAGCGCAGCAGAUGCGGGACAGGAAAGGGCGCAAGGCCGAGCUCGGUGACCCCAACGGCCGGGAGGCAGAGACCAUCACCUUCAUCUCUGGGACAGCAGAGGCUCCCCCAAACCAGGGCUUUUGCUGCUCCUCCCUGACCCAGGCCUGGAACACGUACAAGGCUGUUUUCUGUUGCAUAGUGACGUGUGGGGGCUGCUUCCAAGACUGCAGUGUCUGCGUUCCCUAUCCAGGGCCCGCUGAGACCUCCACAGAUGAUGGGAAGAACGGAGACUACAAUGGACGCCUGCCAAACAGCCCCACCAACACCUCUCCUGCUGAGAAGAAUGGGAACCAGAUCAAAAAGUCCAGCAUGGGCAGCAGUUUCAGUUACCCAGACGUGAAGCUGAAGGGCAUCCCUGUCUAUCCAAACAGGAACACCAACCACCACGUGGAAUCUGACUCCUGCUGCAAGGAGCUGCUGGAGAAGCCCUUCAGGAACAGCAUAGAAAAGCCGGCGCUCCCCAGCAGCCACCGGAGCUCGGAGGAAUAUUAUUCCUUCCACGAGUCUGACGUGGACAUCAGCGAGCUGAACGGCUCCAUGUCCAGCAGGCAGAUCGACGUCCUGAUCUUCAAGAAGCUCACGGAGCUGUUCAGCGUCCACCAGAUCGACGAGCUGGCCAAGUGCACCUCGGACACCGUCUUCCUGGAGAAGACCAACAAGAUCUCGGACCUCAUCAACAGCAUCACUCAGGACUACAACCUGGACGAGCAGGACGCCGAGUGCCGCCUGGUGCGGGGCAUCAUCCGCAUCAGCACCCGCAAGAGCCGCGUGCGGCCCCACGUCUGCAGCCCGGCCAGCCAGGGCCACGGGGACACGUCCGGCCGGGCCACCGCGCCCGACAGCGGCAACGAGACGAUGCUGGAGUCCAUGGUCACCAGCCAGGACGAGCUGGCCGUGCAGAUCUCGGAGGAGACCCCGGCGGACGUGAUGGCCAGGAACAUGAGGCGGCACAGCAGCGCAGGCUCUCCAACCAGCAGAGAUUCCUCUUUCCAGGACACAGAGACUGACUCGUCCGGGGCACCUCUGCUCCAGGUGUACUGCUAAAGGACCCGGGCAGCAGGGAGGCCUUCCAGGCCUUUGCUGCAGUCACAAUCCUCCUCCUUCCAUGUGGAGUGUGUUGUGCCAAGUUUAAUUUUCUUUUUUCCCAGUCUUCCCUGAUCCUUAUUGAAGCCAGAUUCUUCCUGCUGUCCGAACUUCACUGGAUAUUUUGGUUUUUAUGGACAAUCAAGGAAGCAAACUGUGGAGCUAAUGAACUUGGGAGGUGGAAUGUGUGCCCAGGGAGGAGAAGAUGGACAAGGAAGUAGCAGAGAACUUGUGCCUCCAUGAUUUCCAUAAUCACAUUUAGCUCCAGCAGCCUCAGUGGCUCAGGCCUGUCCCUGCUUUGAGGACCUGUUGUGCAGCUCUGCUUCCUGCCAUUGCCUGAGAGAACUUGGGUAGGGAGUAGCUGUGGUGUCUCUUGCUGGUGCUGAUGUUGAGGUGCAGGCUGAGGUCCUGCUCUGCAGGGACCCAAAUCUCUAUUUUAAGUGCCUGUGUUGGUCCCACCAACCCAAAGUCUUCUCCCCAUGGUGUUUGCAGUAGGCAGAUCUGCCUUUGCCUGCUGAGCCUUGGUGUCACCUCCUGCUGCCUGAGGAGAAGGUUCAGCUCCAUGGAGUUCAUUUAAUUUGUGGCCUCUUGGCUCACCUCCUGAUUCAGAGGCAGUGCUGGGGGCUGGGGUGGCUGCUGGGCUGCCCCUGCAUGAGCAGAUGAGGGGGAGCAGCUCUGCUGGAGUCCAGCACACGCUGCCUGCCUGCCUGCCUGCAGCUCUCCUCACUCCUCUUUCCACCUUUCCCCUGGGAGAGCCUGGAGCAGGAUUGUGGCAGGUGAGGGGAGCACUCAAUUCACUCCUGACUUUGUGUGCUUCAGAACUGGGCUGUUUGACUGUUCUGCUAAAAAAUCCCUUCAAAUCCCUUGGUUUGCCUCCAAGGAAAGGCUCCUGAGAGUGUCAGCAGAGGGUUUGUGAGGCACUGCUGGCCCCUGCCUUUCCCUCUGGGCACUCAGCACCUUGUCCUUCCCUUUGCAGGCACUGGGAGCCAGAGAUGGGCACUGCUGGGCUCAUCCUGAGGGCUCAGUGCCAGCUGACCUGGGGGCUGCAGCAGGAGGAAGCUGCAUCUGUGGUGUUGCCACGUGGUUGUUUAUCACAAAGUAAACACAUCAAGCCAUGGGACUUCUUUGGAGCUUUGGGUGCCCUUGGACAUGAACAGAAAAUGCUUCAUUUAAUUCACCAGCCACAGGAUAAACACACCCACUGGAUUUUGAGGAGAGGGAAGCCCAAAUAGGCCCUGGGCUUCUGUGUGGACCAUGGUUUUGUGCCUUAGAUGGACUGGAAUGUGCCUCAGUUGAACUGAAAUGUGCCUUAAUUGUCUUGAAAUGUGCCUUUAUUUUACAGCUUGUGAUUGCUCUUCAGAGGUUUGGGCAGGGAGGAAGGAUUUAAUUCCUCUCACGAGCUCUCAGGCUUCUUUAAAAGGCCAAAACCCUUGGAAAUGGACAGUUGCAGUCCCUGUUAGAGCCUGUUUCUGUAAACCUCUGGCUGUUUGCAGAGUGUGCUUCCAGGAAUCAGGGGCAUUACUCAGACCACACCUGGAGACACUGACAGAGAUAUUUCAAAGAUGAAGGGAAGGGACAGAGCCUUGGAUUUGGCUUCCCCUCCCUGCUUUGUGUUUAGAGCUGUUGGUUGAUGAGAAAUUGAGUUUAUAUAAGGAAAAGACUUGAAGCAAGGCCAGGCUGGGACUCCCAGGGGGGCUGUGUGAGGUCACCUCCUUCCACAUGCUGCCCAUCCUGAGGGACCUGCUUGGUCUCUGCUUCUCCUGGGUUUGUACAUUGUUGUUUGGACAAGUUUCCUCAAAGCCGUGUGCUGGGGUUCACCUGGGUCACACUGACACAGCUCUGUGGGCUGAGCUGGAGACGAGGGGUGAGCUGGGCUUGCAGCCCCUGCUUCAGAGCAGAUGCACGUUUUUAGUGGCUAGUCUGGGUAUGAAGAGUGAGCGUGUGGGGAUUCAGCUAGCCAAAAAACCCCAAGCCCCCCCAAAAACUCACCAAGAGGAAGACUGUCAACUCGAUGGUCCCUGAAGCUGGUGUCUUAUGGGUUUCUUUUGCACUCAUUGGUCUUAAAUGUUCUGGUUUGGUCUUUUUUAUAAAGUAAAAGUUGUGCUCUUUA